AUUCGUGUAAAUAAACUUAGGAGGAUAGCUAGGCUAGUCCACACCACAAGAAGGGCCAAGACCUGAUGAAUGGCAGUGUCGUUGUGUCUAGCCGCGACGCCCACUAACCAAAGAAGGCUCACCUACAGUAGGCUUUAGCCUAGGCCUAAAUGGUUUCACUGAAACACAAGACUAUUGAAAUCUGUAAAUCACACAAUGGAAGGUCUUGAGGAAGGCAUGCCUUCUGCCAACAACCUUCCUGUCAAUCACUGUGUUGUCAAGGGAUCCUUUAAUAAAGUUUUCAUGACUGGUGAGAGCAGUAGUAUAUCAGUGAAUGUAUUUAAAGAGAAAGAGGAGGAAGAGAUAUCAAAUAGAGACAGUGGCUAUGACGAUGACCCCUACCAAAUGGACUCGGCAGCUAACGACCAAGAGGUCAUCGGUAAAGAUCAGUGUGAGAAUGACGAUCCAGUUCCUAUGGAGAUGGAGGAAAGGCUAAUGUCAUGUAUCGUUCAUGGCUCUGAAAACAUGGUGAUAAUGAGCGGUGACAAGAGCACGAUCAAAGUUAACUCAGGUGAUUCCAGAGCUGAGGAUAACAUUCCUGAAAAAAAUUAUAAUUCGGAUAUCAAUGCAAACAAUAACAACAUAAACAAUAAUCCGUGUCCAGUUCAAAAAGUUGGUUUGAAUUCUCUCCCGAACAUAAAUUCAGAAAGUAAUGCAAAACUUCUGGAUGAUGGGAUUGAUGUUGGUGAGCGACCGGUCGCUCACGUCCAACCAGUGCCUCGGGAGAUACAAAACAAUCAAGAAAUGCCUUCCAUCUCAAGAUCUCAUAGUAGCAAUACAUCAACCUCAAGUGAAUUUGAAGCACAAAACAUGUCUGUUUCUCAUGAAAUCUCGCAGAGUGCAUCAGGACAUUCCCGUAGUAGACCUACUGAUGAGUCUUCACAAAUGAACAUUGACCCUCCAGUUACAUGUUCGAAACGGAGGAUGGAUGAUGAAGAAAACAGGGAACAAUUAUAUAAAAAACAGAAAGUCACAACCCCUCAAGAGUGUGCUGGAAGAUCUUGCCAAACUUAUCAUCGGGUGAACAUAGAGGGUUCCAACAACACUGCAAUUACAGCUGGUUCAGGAAGCACUGUAAACUUAAACUAUUACCAAUGCAAGCACGCACAAGACGAAGAAACCAAAAAGGAUGACUAUAGUAUUGACCACAUCGAUGGUGAAGUAUUAAAAAAAACAGGAAUGAUGUCAUUUUUUGAGCGUAUCUCUAAGCACAUGGGUAGUACACGUGAUAUAUGGAAGCGCCUUGCACGAGAGCUUCCUAUGGUUGGCUAUGAAUCGCUAGAACGUGAGAUCAAGGUGCUGGAACGGAAGCAGCUAACAACGGAGCAGAAGGCCUUCACUGUCCUUGUUAAGUGGUGGAAGGGGAAUUCCGGUGCUAAAGGCAUGAAGAGAACGUUGGUGGUUGCUCUACGACAAAUAAAGUUACCAUGGCUGGCAAAUUCCCUUGAAAAGGAGAUAGAGAGUUUUGCAUGACUGAUACUCCUGUUAUAUAAGUUUCGAGGCUGCUUUAAUUUAUCUAAUAAUGUUUACCUGGCAGCUUGCAAGGCAGGUUGCCCUCCAAUUCAAGACCCCCUUUGGGACCUGAAAAUUUUGGGUAGUCUCAGGGUUUGGUUUCCAAUUAGAGGGUUAGCUCUGUGUUAAAAGAUUGAAGAUUGUUAUUUGGUUGUUUGAAAAAAAAAUAGUCUCUCAAAUUAGAGGGUUCUCUGAAUUAGUAUGGUCUUGAAUUGGAGGAUGCACUGUAAUACUAUUUGGAAGCUUAUAUCCAGUUGGUAAUAGUAUUUUGUGAAUGGUAUGACCAGUAGGUUAUAACACAUAGUGAUGGUAUAACCAGUUCUGUACCAGUAGGUGGAUUCUAUGACCUGCUUGGUCAAGCUGGUGAUAUUAAUUGCUAGUCAUAUAACAGGUGGUUACAUUCGGUGUUUAGACAACCAUCUGAUGAAAAUUAGUCAAUUAGUAUUGCUAUGAGGGAAACAAAACUUAAGGGGAGGGUGGCUCCUUGAUUAAAUGAAGUGCAUUACUAUGCUCUUAUUUUCCCAAUUUUCCAUGUUAAAACAACACUUUUUAAGGAUUUGAUGAUAGUUUCUGCAUGAGAAAUGCCCGAAAUCAUAAACUUUGAAGGCAGAUUUCUCAUAUAUUUUUUCUUUAAACAGCUGUAUGUUUAAACGCUUGUAACUUUCUAAGGAAAUGUUGGAUUUGAAUGAUUUUUUUACCAUUUUAUAGCUCUGGUAUUAAUAACUCAACAUUUUUCCAAAAGAGUGAAUCGUUUUGUCUUUACUACAUAUCAUUUAGAACAAUUUUUUUACAGGGUUCUAGAUCCAGAUGCAAUUACAUCAAUACCAAUACAGAGAAGCACUAUAAAACAUUUUAGGAAAAAAGUAUCUUAAUAUAUAUAUAUAUAAUUUUUUCUUGAUAAAUAUUGUAGUACAUUUAAAAGUAUUGACAAUCAGCUACGUCUUCAUAUGUAUAGAAACAGUUACCUGUAUGUCUGAAGAAUCGGUGCAUCAUGUUGAGCAUCAUGUUGUGAGCUAGCGAGCCCUCACCUAGGCCUCUAAUUAUUGGAGUACAGAGCGGUCUAUUGGUGCCUCUGAUUAUAGUUGGUCUUGUUGUCUCACAGUUUUUUGUUAUACAGUUGAACUUGCCUAAGUCGAAUCCAAAAUGGCAUUAAAAAGUUGUGCUACUUGGAUGAAAAUCGACUUAUAGAUGGUUAAUUAAGUAAAAACACAACAAUUUGGCAUGUAAAAUAAGUUUGAAUUAGGCAACGUCUUAGACUUGGACAAGUUUAACUACAUAUUAAGAUAUUUAAUUGUUUACUGAUUUGUGUGUGUGAUUUUAAUUCUCGUAAUUUUAAUAUGCAACUUAUGUUUUGUAUACUACCAGUCAGUGUGAUACUUUCACAGGUGAUCAAAUCCAUGUGUUACAGAAUACUUAAUCAGGGUUACGACUUACCGCCCAAAAACUGGAGGAGGUCUGCAUUUAAAAAUGAAAAAUUGAUAUUCGUAUAUAUAUUUCCAAUGCUCUCCAGAGUAUCGGAGAUCAUGCAAGCAAAAGGGUCCACUUUCCACUGAAACGAACCUCCCACAAAUUAAGUGAUGCUACGGGCCUGUUGAUCUACAUUGUUAGCUGUUACUAAUUGUCUAAAAAUCCUUAUUUUCAAGGACUUCUUCUGUAGGAAGCAGCCUGUGCCAGGCCUGCUUGCGGUACACCACGUAGAUAGUUCUGAAGAGAACUGUUGUUGGUUGAGAAUGUCUCGACAUUCCAAUCUUCUUCAGGAGAAUAAUAUCUGAUAGUAUUGUUUUAAGUUAGAAACAUUUUGUCUUUUAAAAUUAUACACUUCAAGUAUUUUUUCAUGCCUAAGCAAGUUCAUAACUAACCACUCAACUCUCACUUAAAAUAUAGGGUGUUUGAAUUGGUACAUUAUAUAGUAAUAUUAAUAUAAUAGGGUAUUUAAACGGCUUAUUACAUAAAUGUAUGUGUGUAUGCUUGUGAAAACUGCCAAUUCUUUUUUGUUUUACUACUGCCCUUGUUUUUACGACUGCCCUUAUUUUUACGAUGGCCUGUAUAUUUACAACGGCCGGCCGUUAAUGCCAAGUUCAGUACUUGUAUGUAAUUCCCUACCAUCCUUACUUAAGAAAAACACAUAAAUAAGUUUUAAGCUGCUGUAGGCUUAGUAUUAGUAAAAUAAUGUAAAAUGCUGCAUUUUUCGUUUUAACAAGUGUCCUUGCCAAAGAUAACAUUUUGAAAUGAAAUUUUCAUAAAUAUUCAUCAAUUAUGGUUAUGAAUGUGCAUACAUUUCAUAAAUAUUCAUCAAUUAUGGUUACGCAUGUGCAUACAUUUGCAUAAAUAUUCAUCAAUUAUGGUUAUGAAUGUGCAUACAUUUGCAUAAUAACCUCAUGAGUAUGCAAAUAUCCUAACCAUUAGUAGGCCUUAUCCAGACUUGUAUUAUGCUUGCAUGCUUUAAUUUGUUCCAGGAUUUAAAUAGUUUGAGUAUUAAUGAAUAUUUCACAAGUUACAAUUCCAAUCAAUGUAUCUACAGUAUACAUAAAGUUAUUCCUCCAGUUCUAUUCCACUAAUAUAGGGUAGCCAAUAUUUAAUGGCAGUUUCCAUGAUUUUUAGUAUAUUGCGCUUGCAGUAUUGAGGCAAUGUACAGCAGUACAAUGUGUUAAGAUUAGUGUUAAUGAGUGUGGAUGUGGGGUGUUUGAGCACCUAGUGUAAGAUCCACUCGUAAUUCCAUCAUUUGUUUUUAUUAUUGCUUUAGUUUGCUGUGUUCUUGUUAGCUUUUAAUAGUUGAAUUGCAAUUUUUAAUUUGCAUUCCUGUACUAACUUAUAAAACAUAGAAAAUUCAAAGUAGUGUAGAGUAAACCUACCAAAUUCCUGCAAAAAGGAUAACCAGGCUAUACUAACAUUUGCAUGAGUGGCAGGACCAUGGUCCAAUGGAUGCAGGCUGGGGUGUUUCUAUACCUAUUUUGCUAUUUUGGGGUCCAGAGGAGCUAGCAUUCAGUUUUAGCAAUUUUAAUAUCUUAUCUAAAAUGAUAUUUCAUUUGUUUAAAGAUUUUUUGGCAGCUGUGUGUGGAGAGGGGUUGCAAACAGUGGUGGGACAAGCAUCUGAAAUCUGGUUGGGGGAAUGGGAAAAGUGAGGGGAAAGGUUAAACUUUAUGGGGAGGGGACAAUAUGUUUUCCUAUAGCAGACCAGAGAUACAAUUUAAGAUAAGAGAUAGGGAAAAUUUACACAUUGCUUGUAUUAAUUGUGAUAAGCGCACUAUUGGAUAAAUGAAUGCCCGGUGUCAACUUCAUUAAAGCAAUUGAUAAGUUGAUAGUAUGUCUUGAAACGGGGGUUCUGAAAGGGGGCCCGAAGUUGAAGGGGGGCUCAAUGAUCAGUUGAAGGAUGCUAAUUCGACAAAUAAGGUGAUUGUAGGUGAUUUUUAACUACUUGACUCUGGUUUUUUUGGGGCGUGCGCACCUCCCUAGAUACGCCACUGCACCUUCAUGGAGACACGCUCCUCUCAGAGGUGAAGCGACGCUUCACUGAAGUUGUUUGUUAUUAAAAAUUUGUGAAGUAUAGUGCCAUGUCACUGUUAGUUUUUGGAAACAAAAAGGUUAGCUCUACUGAGGAUAGGAGAAGUGAGAAGAGUUUUAUUGUGAAAACAAAUUUUCAAGCUGGUCUUGUUACAUUUAUUCCAAUAUAAAACACUCCAAAUUUAUUCCAAUGGUUUUUACAUCAGGAGGUUUAAUACUAAUGGUGUUUUGCCCUACCUGACGUGUUACCGGUCGUACAGAAUUUCCAGUAUGUUCAGGGGCGUACCGUGGGGGUUCGAUGGGUGCGGUCGACCCCCCUUUUUAAAGAAAGUGCCCUUUAAAUAUGCUCGCUUCACUCACAAAUAACGCACCCUGCGAAUUCUGAAAGCUUCGCUAAAUUGCUCCGAGUUCAGCUUGCCCUCUGCGCUUUCGUUUCGACACCCCCUUAGAUUUUUCACCGUACGCCCCUGAUGUUCCCAAAUACUUAGGUAUUAUGUAUGUUACAUUUUUGUUGAGCUCAAGUAUUUCUUUUGUAAAAUUCCAGUUUUGGUUGUACCAAGUUCAUAUUGUACUGUAAUUGAAUAAAUUUGAUAUGUUAAUGA